ACCUGUUACCUGUUAAUUUGCAGCCUACGCCUGCUGACGCAGCUCCCUGCUUGCAGGCCAGCAUGCUUGCUUGCUGCGGACGAGCCAGCUCGUACCCUCUCCCUGACUGACAGAACGGUGAGCUGGUGUCUGCCUGCGGACCAGGGCUCUCCUGGCGAGACGCCGUGUGUGCUGAAGAAGUGGACAGUCUGCCCGGAGAAGCCCUUUCCUGAUUUAGCAGCGCCCAGGAGCUCCUGGAGAAGGAACAUGGCCCAUCGGACUCAAGGAAGGUGUUUUAGCCUCCAAGGUGACUUGAAGUUUUCCGUCGGUUUGACGUCGGCCUGCAGCCUGCGGGAGGAUGACGAGGGCCCCGAGGAAGGUCUCGACUUGCCGGGCGCGACGAUCACCUUCAUCAAUGCCGACGGGGUGGCAGGUGACUACAGUCUGCCCUCGGACCCCAACUCCAGCAGCCCGCCGUCCGGGGGGCUCGGCCCACGCCUGCAGGGCAGCCUGCAGCUCCCGGACGCCGAGGGCGGGCCGAGCCGCAGCCUGUCGGAGAGGUUCGGUGCUCUCUCGGCCCGGGGCACUGAGCCGGGGGAGGCCGCCGGGCCCGACCCGAGCCUGUCAGAGGAGGAGGAGGAGGGUGCGGAAGAAGGAGAGGCCAGGGGCGCGGGCCGGACCGGUGCCGCCCUGUCCGGCGGGGAGAGGUCGUUCCCCGAGCCGAGCCCGCUGGGCUGCAGGAGGGAGGGGGACGAGCGGCCCCACGCGUGCCCGCAGUGCGGCCGGGCCUUCAAGAAGUCCGGUAACCUGCUGAGCCACAUGGGGACGCACCGCGGGCUGAAGCCGCACACCUGCGAGCUGUGCGGCAAGGCCUACUCGCACCAGGGCACCCUGCAGCAGCACCGGCGCCUGCACACGGGCGAGCGGCCCUACCAGUGCCCCCAGUGCGGCAAGGCCUACACCUGGUCCUCCGACUUCCGCAAGCACGCGCGCACCCACACGGGCGAGAGGCCCUACGCCUGCGCGGCCUGCGCCAAGGCCUUCGUGCGCUCCUCCGACCUGCGCAAGCACGAGCGCAACGUGCACCACAACGACAAGCCCUUCCCCUGCGCGGAGUGCGGCCGGACCUUCAACCGGCCGCUGUCGCUGCUGAGGCACCAGCGCGCCCACAUGGGCGAGCGGCCCUUCCGCUGCCCGGACUGCGGCAAGGCCUUCGCCGUGCCCAGCCGCAUGGUGGAGCACCAGCGCACGCACCGCGGCGAGCGGCCCUUCGCCUGCCCCGUGUGCUCCAAGUCCUUCACCAAGUCCUCCAACCUGCUGGAGCACCAGACGCUGCACUCGGGGCUGCGGCCUCACGCGUGCGCGGACUGCGGCGCGGCCUUCGCCCAGGCGUCCCGCCUGGCGCAGCAGUACGUUGUUGUCGUUGCCUGA